AUGGCCGUGAUGAUUGCCGUAUCGCUCGUCAUGGGCGGCUUUGUGUUCUCGAACAUUGCGUGGAGCCAUCCGGACAAGGCGCAGGCGCUCGCCGGACACAUGAUUGCGGGCGCAGUGAUCGGGGUGCUGCUGGUGAUCCGGUUGAUCGUACGCCGCGUCACCCUGGCACCGCCGCCCGCAAGUUCCGGCACGCCGACUCUCGGUAUUGUGGCACGCACGGUCCAUGUGGCGCUUUAUCUGCUGGUGGGCCUGAUGGUGCUUUCCGGCCUGACCAUGGCGCUCCGGUUCGACCUUUUUGCCUUCGCUUUCAACGAGACGGGUUUGCCGGUGACCAACGGGCUGCGCGGGUCCGGCCUGCACAUGGUUCACAAAAUCGCUGGCUUUGCCCUGCUCGGAUUGAUCGUCCUGCAUGUCGCGGCGGCGAUCUACCACACCUUUGUGUUGAAGGACGGCUUGCUGUCCAGAAUGUGGUUUGGCCCGCGCUGA